AUGGAGGUCAUCAACUCAAUUAACGCAGUUAACAAUCAGGUAGCCAAAGAGUUCUUUCCCUACUUUCGAGUCUAUAAAGAUGGUCGGAUUCAUAGAUACAAACCCAUUAAGAAAAUUUCACCUAAUUCAGAUUACUCCCGUCGGGUCGGAGUUGUUUCCAAGGACGUCAUCAUCUCGAAUGAUCCAUUCAUCUCUGGCCGCCUUUUUAUGCCCCGAGUAGUUGAUCCAGUUAAGAAACUUCCUCUCCUUGUUUACUUCCAUGGUGGAGGGUUUUCUUUAAGGUCUGCAUUUGACCCGAUUUACGAUCAACAUGUAUCUUCCAUAACUGCUGAGGCCAAUAUAGUUGCUAUCUCUAUUGACUACCGACUGGCACCAGAGCACCCGAUACCUAUUUGUUAUAAUGAUUCUUGGGCUGCUCUAAAGUGGAUUUCAGCACAUGCUAAUGGGGUUGAUCAAAAUCUGUGGCUGAACAACUAUGUUGAUUUUAAGCAGACCUUUCUGCUAGGUGAUAGUGCUGGGGCAAAUAUAGUUCAUAACAUGUUAGUCCAACUCGGAUCAAAUGGGUUGGCGGGAGUGAAGGUGGUUGGUGCAGCAUUGAUUCACCCAUAUUUUGGUGGUACGGGUGUGUUUCAUAAUAGAUUAUGGAUGUACCUAUGUCAAGCUAACACUGAAUUACAAGAUCGUAGAAAAAGACCGAACAUAGAAGAUUUGAAAAAGACUGGGUGUGAUAAGGUGCUGGUGUUCUUAUGUGAGAAAGACAUUUUUAAAAAUGGUGGUAUGUUUUACUACGAGAACUUAAAGAAAAGUGGUUGGAGAGGAAGUGUAGAGAUAUUUGAGAGCAAAGGGUUAGGCCACACCUUUCAUCUGAAGAAUCCUAAUUCUGAUCAAGCUCUAGAUUUGAUGAAGACACUGGUUGCGGCGUCGGCAAUGGCGCGACGGAGUGGAGCAGUGAAGGUAGGCCGUAAGCGUGGGGUUGUCCCGCGCGCUCACGGAGGUGAUCGGGGAAGGAAUGAAAAGUAUGGCGGUGUUGGAGGCGUGUGGGGAGCCGUGGGGAAGGAUGGGGGUGGUGCGGGUAGAACAGAGUGA